AUGGCGCCCAAGAAAGACAAAGGGGGAACUGUGAACACCGUUUCUAAGCAGUGGGAACCCUUGCUCAUAGCUGCACAGUUCAACCAGAGUGACUGGAAGGCCUCYAUUGCCUUUGUGGUGGGGAACCAGAUCGAGGAUGAUCUUCUCCUUGAAGCCCUCACCUUGGCUGUGCAAGCCCCUCAGCGCAGACUCUUCAGCAUGGCGUCCUGGCAUGACAUCCUCCAGCAGAUCAAUGAAAUAAAUGAACUUGUUGGAACCAUACCAUCUAAAAAGGCAAAAAAGCCUAUAGUGAGUAAUCUUCCAUUAUAUUAUGAGGUGUUAGUGGCAGCAAAAACAAUUAUGGACAGUGGAGAAAAUUUAACCCUACCACUGGUAGGAAAACUCUUGAAAUUCCAACUUCUCCAGAUUAAAUUAAAAGACCAACAGAGACGGGAAAAUGAAAAGAAGGUAACAGAUGACAAAGUUAAGAUCGAAAAGGACAAAGGGAAAGCCAAAUCUCCCAAGGAGAAGAAGCCCCCAAAUGCCAAAGUUGCUAAAGGAAAGGGCAAGGAUCAGCCCGAGGUCAACACGACAGUGAAGAAGACCACGGAGCUGAAGCGGAGGGGUGAAGAGGACGAAACCAGCCGAUACAUCGACGAUGAGCCAGAUGAUGGUGCCCAACAUUACAUUAUUGUUGUUGGCUUCAACAAUCCUCAGCUAUUAGCCAUUAUGACUGAGCUUGGCAUUCCCAUAACCAGCGUGAUUAAAAUAUCUUCAGAGAAUUAUGAACCUCUGCAGACACACCUGGCAACAGUUAGCCAGCAGCAGGAAGUUUUUCUUCAGCCAGAAGAUAAAGAAGCUGAAAAUAUGAAGAAAGAAAACACCACAAAAGAACUCAAAAUUUUUUGGAAGUACUUGGAACCAAUCCUGAAUAACGAGAAACCUGAAACAAAUCUCUUUGAUGUUGCCCGACUUGAAUACAUGGUCAAAGAAGCCAAUUUUCCUUCUGACUGGUCAGACAACAAGAUGAUGAUGGAAUUGGGCACCGAAAUUUUUGAAAAUAUUGCCUGCCUGAUGUAUGACAGCCUGGACUGGAAGAGGCAACACCAGCACUACUUGGAAAGCAUGAACCUUAUCAAUGUCCCGCUGGCAGUGACUGAGAAAACUCUCCUAGAACCUGUGAUUUCUGAGACUCCACACUCUACCCCUGGAAAGAAGAAAGCGCAAAGUGAAGAACCACCCGCUCCACCACCAGCAACUUUCGUCACCACAACUGAAGUAGACAUGAGAUAUUACAAUGAUUUGCUGAAUCCGAUCCCAGAGGAAUUCAUGUCUGUACCCCUGAUACUGCAUUGUAUUCUAGAACAGGUCGUGGCAACUGAAAAGGAUCUUGUCCCUCCCAGUCUGGUGAGGCCACCCCCCAGAGCAGAUGGGUUAGACAACCGGAUCGCAGCUCACAUCGUGUCUAUGCUGCCCUCUCUCUGCCUCUCCGAGAGGGAGAAAAAGAAUCUCCACGAAAUAUUCUUAUCUGAAGAAGAAAGAGAAACCAAAGCAGUGCCCAAAGGCCCUCUCCUACUGAACUAUCACGAUGCUUACGCUCACCGGAAAUAUGCACUGAAGGACCAAAAGGGUAUUGACCCAGUUCAAAUUGAGGAGGAGAUGCAAUCCAAGUUGCCACUGUGGGAAUUCCUUCAGUUCCCUCUGCCUCCACCCUGGAACARCACUAAACGCCUAGCUACCAUCCAUGAACUUAUGCACUUCUGCACAAGUGAAGUCUUGAGCUGGAGCGAAGUAGAACGAGCCUUCAAGGUGUUUACUUUUGAGAGCCUGAAGCUCUCUGAGGUUGACGAAGCAGGGAAACUGAAGCCUUCUGGGAUGGCGUGUGGGACAGAUGUUGAGAAGUUCAACAUACCAUGGGACAACCCUGCCAGAUUUGCUAAGCAGAUAAGGCAGCAACAUAUCCUGAAAAUGAAUGCCCAAGACGCCCAACAGGAAACAGCUGCUGAAAUCAAAGACAAAAAAAUAUAUGAGGAUCAGAAUUGGUCAACAUCUGUGCAAGGUGAUCAGAGCAGUGAAUUCUCAUACCGUAGUCAACAUUCUGACACCAACACAAUGAAGUACUCAGACCUUGAUUAUAAUAGAGAGCUGUCAGAGAAGCCCCAAGCAGAGUCCUUGGAGCAGACCACGAACAAUGAGAUCAAAGAUGAAGCGGUCACAAAGGCUGAUUCUCUUGAAAAGAAACCCAAGAAGAUGAUGGUGGAAGCAGAUUUAGAGGACAUAAAGAAAACGCAGCAGCGCAGUCUAAUGGACUGGAGUUUUACUGAACAUUUUAAACCGAAAGAACUGCUUCAGGUUCUUCAAGAAGCCCACCAGCAGUAUCGGUGUAUUGAUUCUUACUACCACACCCAAGACAACUCUUUGCUUUUAGUUUUUCAUAAUCCAAUGAAUGUGCAACGUCUGCACCGUGAAGAGUGGCACGUUGCGCUUCACUCCAAUGUUGGAUUCAGGAAUUACUUGGAACUUGUUGCAAAAUCCAUUCAAGAUUGGAUCACAAAAGAAGAAGUGAUAUAUCAGGAACUUAAAAUGGCUGAGGAAAUCAAUAAGACCAAGGCUGAAAUAGAAUUGAAAUCUUCUGCCAUAAUGUCUGCCAGUAAAACUCCUACCUCCAAAAAAUCUAAAAGUAACAAAAUGCUCAGCAAAACAGAGAUACUAGAUCAAGAAAAGGAAAAGGAAAAGGAAAAAGAAAAGGAAAAGGAAAAGGAAAAAGAGAAAGAGAAAGAGAAGGAAAAGAUUCCUUUCAUUUUAGAAGGUUCUCUCAAGGCAUGGAAAGAAGAACAAGAUCGAUUAGCAGAAGAGGARCGCUUAAAGGAAGAAAAGAAAGCAGAAAAGAAGAGUAAAGAAGCCGCCGUUAAAAAGAAAGGCAAGGAAAAAUUAGAGAAGGAUGAAAGUAGUAAGUCUUUGAAGAAACAACCGUCUCUCAAGGACAAAGUUAAAGAAGGAAAAACAAGUGUCAUACAAGAACCAGAGGAGCCCAUCCAGGAGCCACAACCUGAGAGAGUUUACCCGUUUCAUGGAUACAAUAUGGGAGAUAUACCUGUCCAAAUAUCAGGGACAAACUACUAUCUAUAUCCUUCUGAUGGAGGACAGAUUGAAGUAGAAAAGACAGUGUUUGAAAAAGGCCCAACUUUUAUCAAAGUGAAAGUGAUAAAGGACAAGCACAAUUUUAUAAUCCAUUUAAAAGACCCGAAGGAAAUUCAAAAAGAGCAAAAGCAAGAAGAGGAUCAUUUUUCAGAAGAAGAGAAAGAUGAAGAACAAAGUUUGGGAACAAAAGCAUCACGGAAAGAGAGUAUGGCUGUCAGCAAGUUCGGAUCCUUUUCUGCCACCUUAGAAAAUGGAAUCUGCCUCUCAAUAAGUUACUAUGGAUCAAGUGGAAUGGCACCAGAAGAAAAGGAUCCCAAUUUGGAUAUAAUGUUGAAUAUCCCUUCAGCACUCACUACAACGGUGAUUCCUGUUAUAGUAAACAUUCCUCAAGGUAAAGUAAAAGGGAAAGCAAAAACCAAGGAAAAACUCAGAGAAUCCAUUAAGGAGGAAGAGCACCCAAAAGAAGAAGAGAAAAAGGAGGAAGAAGUAGAACCAGAACCUGUUGUACAAGAGACUCCUUAUGUUCCCGUCUUCCAAAACCUAAAUGUGUCUUGUCCCAGUGGGCUUCUAGUGACCUUCAUUGGGCAAGAGACUACAGAUCAGCAUGUUGUAGCUGAGGAGCCCACCUGGAACAUCAUGAUCCGUCAGAGUUACCCAGAGAAGUUGAAGCACUCUCAGUUCUACAGGGCAGUGAUGCCACCUGUGGAGCAGGAGGUAUCAAGAGUUAUCACCAGUCAAGGCACUGUUGUCAAGUAUAUGUUGGAUGGAUCCACACAGAUCCUCUUUGCAGAUGGCRCUGUGUGCAGUAGUCCUGAUUCAGGUCGUGUUUAUUCUUCUCCUGAAAUGCCUACCAGCCUUCAUAACGGAGAGAUGAGGGAAUCACCUUCUCAGCAAAAAUCAGAAAUACCUCCCUUUGAGAUUGCCAUCACAAAGAAAGGAAAAGGUCACAAAAAUCAAUCAUCAAUGGCACAUAAGAGUGAAACCCAYGAACCUCAACCAGAAGUAAUUCAAACAGUAACUCCUAUGGAGAUUCWCAUGGGCACCUGGCUUACAACCACACCUGAAGGCGAUCGGAUUGGCACCAAAGGCAUAGAAAGAAUAGCGGGAUUGGCCCCRUUUUUAUCCUUUGAGUCCACAGAUCCUAUCAAUGGAACGGUUAUGACGACUCGAGAAGAUAAAGUGGUCAUUGUACAAAGGAAAGAUGGUACUCGGAUUGUGGAUCAUGCUGAUGGUACCAGAAUUACAACCUUUUAUCAAGUUUAUGAAGAUCAGAUUAUUUAUCCAGAAGAUCAAGAAACAACUGAAGAACCCCAGACUAUCACCAGACAGGUGAAGUGUAUGAGGAUAGAAAACUCAUAUUAUGCCACUGUCAUCACCAACUGCGAGGACAGCAGCUGCUGUGCCACCUUUGGGGAUGGAACGUCUGUUAUUGCAAAACCACAGGGAACAUACCAGGUGCUACCUGCAAACACAGGCUGCCUUUACAUUGAUAGGGAUUGUUCAGCUACGUACUGCCAUGAUUCCAGUACUAUCUACCAUUUCCAAAAGCGUGAGCACCUGAGAUCCAGCAGGUACAUCAUGAAGCACACAUCAGCGAUUAUCUGUGAGGUCCUGGAUCCUGAAGGAAACAGCUUUCAGGUCAUGGCUGACGGCACUGUGUCAACUUUGUUACCUGAAAAAAAAUCGGAAGAUGAUUUAAAUGUAGAAACUGAGGGAUAUGAUAGUUUAUCAUCUAUUAACUUUGAAAAGAACUUUCUGCAAAUCUAUGGUGAACAUGUUCCCAGAUUUUUUGUUAUCUAUGCUGAUGGGUCAGGAACGGAACUUCUUCGUGACAGUGACAUAGAAGAAUACUUGUCUUUGGCCUACGGAGAAUCAACUGCUGUGGUUCUACAAGAGCCWGUGCAGGAACAGCCAGGUUCUCUGAGUAUCACAGUCCUUCGUCCUUUUCAUGAAGCUUCACUGUGGCUAAUAAAAAAGGAAUUAAGUACAAUCRUUCCUCCUAAUCUCCAGUCAAGGUCAUGGGAGACCUUCCCCGCAGUCGAGAAAAAAACUCCAGGACCUCCCUUUGGCACUCGCAUUUGGAAGGGGCUUUGCAUUGGGUCUCAACAGCUAAUGAGUGCCCCAGCACCUGUUCUCAAGGUCCCUGAUGUACUACAGAUACGCCAGUUCAUCCAGCAUGAGGUUAUAAAGGAUGAAGUGAAACUGAGGCUGCAGAUUUCCCUUAAGGACUACAUAAACCACAUUCUAAAGAAAGAAGAUGAGCUACAGGAAAUGACGGUCAAGGAUUCCAGAACUGAGGAGGAGAGGGGCAAUGCUGCAGAUCUCCUCAAGCUAGUUAUGUCUUUCCCUAAAAUUGAGGAAACUACAAAAAGUCAUGCUGAUGAAGUUGCAGCCCAUCUAACUGAUUUAUUCAAGCAAUCGUUGGCUUCUACUGUAAAACGUCCACCGGAUACAUUUGGUAAAGAUUUAUUUGGAAAGAAAUGGAGGAACACAGAAUCAGAAAAACGCUGGAAAGAAAAGAUAGCACAAAAAAGGAAAGAAACUGAGGAAACACAAAAUUAUUUAAUGGAAAUCAGGAACAAAAUAAUACCACCUUAUUUCAAAUCUGAAUUCAGCCAGUCAUAUCAGUCUCAGUAUAAUUAUCUGGAGAGUCUUUCUAAAAAACUGCCCAAUUUUAUAAGGAAAGAUGAAGAAAAUAGAAGCAAAACAGCUGUUGAAGAUACAUCUGAUCAUCRUUUAGAUUCCAAGCCACCUACAGUCUCAGAAAAGGAAUCCCCAAAUAUGCAAAAAUCAGAGAUUUUGGAGGACACUGCAAAGUCAACUAGCCAGAACCAAACUGAAAAUUUAACAAAAUCUACUGAAGAAUUAGAAUCUUAUACACCUGUGAAAAUUCCAACCCAAUCAUUGCUGCAGGAUGCUGCGGGACAAGCAAGGAAAGAAAAAGUGAAGUUACCUCAUUAUUUGAUGAGUUCCAAACCCAAAUCUCAACCUCUUACAAAGGUUCAAGAUUCUGUUGGAGGAAAAGUGUAUACAUCCUCUAUUGCAUCUGCUGCCAUUAAUAAUAUAAAGUCAUCCCCUUUUGGGUUCCAUCUUCUCCCACCAUCAGUGAAAUUUGGAGUGCUUCAAGAAGGACAUACCUAUGCAACCACUGUAAAGCUCAAGAACAUUGGCGUGGACUUCUGCAGGUUUAGAGUGAAGCAGCCCGCACCCAGUACUGGACUGAAASUGACUUACAAACCUGGGCCUGUGGCAGCUGGUUUGCAGGCAGAGCUGAAGGUGGAGCUGUUUGCCAUGGCUAUUGGAGAGGAGGGUGCCAAGGGAUCAGCACACAUCUCUCACAAUAUUGAGAUUAUGACUGAGCAUGAUGUUCUGUUCUUACCUGUGGAAGCAACAGUUGUAACAAGCAAAUACUAUGAUAAUCGACCAAAAGAUUUUCCCCAGGGAAAAGAAAAUCCCAUGGUCCAGAAGACUUCUACAAUUCCUUCCUCUACACUUGGUGUCUUCAUGUCUCGUAAAGGUUCUCCAUAUUAG